AAGAUUUAUUGAACAUACGAUUCUGAAUUCAAAAUAGUGGUUCAAUGACCGAGAGCUAGCUCCCAUGCUGUAUAAAAUUUUCUUCUGUAACGAUUGGCAAUUCUGAACAGCUGCUUUCUCUCACGAGAAGUGUGGAGUAUGCAGCUUUUUUCUGAACUUUAAACAUCAAUGAAAAAUGCUGCCAAAGAGACAGCUAUAUCUCAUUCUCGCACACAAACGAAUUCGAAUUGAUGAUUUUCCACGACGAUUCCUCUCAUCGAAGGUUCAACAAGAUCCCAAAAUGCGGGAAAGAUGGAAAUCUACCGUGGGAUUGGAGAUUCAUGCUCAGAUUGCUACGGAAUCGAAAUUAUUUUCCAGCGCAUCAACCAAUUUUGCCAACCCGGCUAACUCGUGCGUCUCGUUCUUCGAUUGUGCCACACCAGGAACAUUGCCUGUACUGAACAGAAGAUGUGUAGAAUCAGCAGUAGUAACUGCUUUGGCGCUAUCCUGCCAAUUAAAUGAGAUUUCUUUGUUUGAGAGGAAACAUUAUUUUUAUCCAGAUUUGCCUGCAGGAUUUCAAAUUACUCAACAACUACAACCUAUCGCCAUCAACGGUGAAAUUAAGUUUCACGUAUUUACUCCAGGAUUGCACAAAUUUCCAUAUUUGAAAUCUUCUAAAAUCAAGCAGAUUCAAUUGGAGCAAGACAGUGGUAAAAGUUUGCACGAUGAAGCUGCAACAAGAAGCUUGAUUGAUCUUAAUCGUGCCGGGAUACCCCUGAUGGAAUUUGUAUUUGAGCCAGAUUUGGUUGAUGGCGAGGAAGCGGCUGCACUUGUGAAGGAGCUUGCAUUUACAUUACAAUUAUUGGGUGUUUGUAGUAGUAAAAUGGAAGAAGGAGCACUUCGUGUGGAUGCUAAUGUUUCUGUAAGUAGUGCCCAAGAUUGUUUGGGCACUCGGACGGAAAUAAAAAAUAUCGGAAGUGUGCGUGCUAUCGCUGCGGCUAUUAAAUAUGAAAUAAAUAGACAUAUUUCUAUUCUCGAAGCCGGUAACGAAAUAUUCAAUGAGACUCGCGCGUGGGAUGCAAUAAACAAGAAAACUAUUCCUAUGCGAGAAAAAGAAGAUAAAGAAGAUUACAGGUUUAUGCCUGAAACGAACUUACCACCCUUACGCAUACAUAUUAGAGAAGAUUUACCAAAUAAAAAUAAUUUAGUCGAUGCCGUAAUGCUGAGAAGACAAUUACCCGAGUUACCGGAACAAAUACGUCAGAGAUUAAAUGAUGUCAAAAUAUCUCCUGAAAUAAUUGUAUCUCUGAUGAGUGAUUUCAUGUUAUUACAAUUAUUUAAUGGAAUUAUAAGAAAAGAUAAAAACCGCCAACCGCAACUGGUCGCCAAAUUUCUUGUUAUGGAAGUGUUGACUUUUAUUUAUAAACAGCAAUUAACAAUUGAAUUUUGUAUAUUACAUGAAGAUUUUAUUGGUCAAGUGGUCGAUCUAUUACAAGAUAAAUUAAUCAAUUUAGUAACGGCAAAGAAGAUUUUGAACGAAUUAAUAAUCGAUUCAAAUAAGCUACCAAGAGAGAUCGUUAAAGAACGUAAUUGGUUCCUGAUAUCAGACGAAAAACAAUUAGAACAAAUAUGUCUAGAAAUUAUAGAGAAAAAUCCAAAACUUGUAUCAGGAUAUAAAAACGGCAAGAAAAAAUUAUUUAAUGUAUUAAUGGGAGAAAUGGCAAAGGUUACAGAAAAGCGUGCAGAUUUUGCUGUUGUAGCAAAAAUUAUGGAAAGAUUACUGAAAUCGUAAUAUAUGAAAAUUGCAAGAAUAAUGAAUUAAUAAUAUUAUAAUAUACUGUAAAUAAGACAAUAAUUUGAGUAAAUAAAACAUUCGAGUGUAAAA